AUGGCCUUAUUUCCGAUGCUGUCGUCUGUGGCCGGCUUCAUUAAGGUGCGUUACGUGGUGGACAAGGCCAACAUCGACAACGCCGUGUUCAGAGCGCACUACAGGCUCACCACGGCGAUACUCUUUGGAUGUUGUAUACUGGUCACGGCCAACAAUCUAAUCGGCGAUCCUAUAGCUUGUAUAACUGAUGGUGGCAUCCCAGAACAUGUUAUCAACACGUUUUGUUGGAUUACUCAUACGUUUACAUUGCCGGAUAAACAUAUUGGUGUUGGCAAACAUGUUGCUCAUCCUGGUGUAUCAAAUUAUGCUGAAGGCACCGAUCAAAUACGAUACCAUGCAUAUUACCAAUGGGUGCCAUUCAUGUUAUUCUUCCAAGGCGCUUUAUUCUAUAUACCCCAUUGGAUAUGGAAAAACUGGGAAGAAGGCAAAGUUCGCAUGAUUACUGACGGUGUACGUGGUGCUUCUAUUGGACAAAACGAAGACAGACAAAGUCGUCAAAAACAAUUAGUUCAAUAUCUAAUUGAUACUUUACAUAUGCACAAUGUUUAUGCUUCUGGAUAUUUCUUAUGCGAAGUAUUCAAUUUUUUGAACGUGGUUGGAAACAUGUUCUUAAUUGACAGUUUUUUGGGAGGUGAAUUUUUCACAUACGGUAUUAAAGUGUUAGAACUCAGUCAAGAGGAUCAAGAAAACAGAAUUGAUCCCAUGGUAUCUGUCUUCCCAAGAGUAACAAAGUGCACAUUUCACAAAUUCGGUCCAUCUGGAUCAUUGCAGACACAUGAUGCACUUUGUGUAUUGGCAUUAAAUAUCUUGAAUGAAAAAAUCUACAUAUUUUUGUGGUUUUGGUUCAUUAUAUUGGCAAUCAUAUCUGGAAUGGCGUUGGCCUACAGUAUUGCUGUUAUAACAUUGCCUUCAAUUAGAGAAACAAUUUUACUACGCCGUUUUAAAUUUGGUACACCACAAUCAGUUUCAGCACUUAUCAGGAAAACACAGGUUGGAGAUUUCUUAUUAUUACAUCUUUUGGGCCAAAAUAUGAAUAUGGCAGAGUUUAACGAAGUAUUAGAUGAUCUCAGCUCACGAUUACAUCUGGGAAACAAUUUACCAACUGCUCCUUCGACCCUAGAAUUAUCACCAAUGUAUCCUUUGGAUAAAUUGAGACUUCACAAAGAAACUGAGGCUUAG